AUGUCACCAACUCCUGACAGGAAACCGUCUUUCCCGUCCGGCCUGAUUGACACCACUGCAGCCUCCGACUCAAUUGUCAAACUGUCAGUGAAGGCAACAGGAGAACCCAAACCUGCCAUCUCCUGGAUGAAGGAUGGAAAGGUUCUCUCUCAGGGUGGGAAGUAUGAAAUAUUUGAGGAUCAUGGCUCAGCUCAUCUUGAGAUCUAUGAGUCUGAGGUCUCUGAUAGUGGCACCUACAAAUGCACGGCUUCCAACAGCACUGGAACGGUGUCCACAACCUGCUCGGUCACUGUCCGAGACACCCGAGCAAAAGCAGAAAUUUCAGAAGAAGUCUUGAAAAGGGAGCUGAUCCAUGAGGAAAUCUCGUCAACUGUGAGGGAGUCCUCACAGAUCUCCGUCUCAGAGGUCCAGUCUGUGAGGAGAACAGGUCUCGACAUCACCGAGGUCUCAGCCUUUGGUUCGGAGGCGCCGGCCUUCCUCCUGCAGCCCAGGUCCCAGAACGUAAACGAGGGCCAGAGUGUUCGGUUCACCUGUGAGAUCGCCGGAGAGCCUUCCCCUGAACCAGUCUCCCCAGGUUAA